AGCCGUCUUUGGGUUUCACUGCUCUCCCACAGCAAUUGUUGUUUGAAUUUUUUGUGGUGUCGUUCGGUCCUGACCCUCUUCUUCUUUUCUUCUCUGUCCUUCAGGAGUUUGCUGCACUGACCAAGGAGCUGAACGCCUGCAGGGAGCAGCUGCUGGAGAAGGAGGAGGAGAUCUCUGAGCUGAAAGCAGAGAGGAACAACACGAGGCUACUGCUGGAACAUCUGGAGUGUCUGGUGUCAAGACACGAGCGGUCCCUGAGAAUGACAGUGGUGAAACGUCAGGCUCAGUCUCCAUCAGGUGUCUCCAGUGAGGUGGAAGUUCUCAAAGCACUGAAGUCCUUGUUUGAACACCACAAAGCCCUGGAUGAGAAGGUCAGGGAGAGACUACGAGUGUCACUGGAGAGAGUUUCUGCACUGGAGGAGGAGCUUACUGCAGCCAAUCAGGAGAUUGUGGCCUUACGGGAACAGAAUGCUCACAUCCAGAGGAAAGUGGCAUCUGGGGACGCAAGCGAGGACAUACUGGACAGCGAGACCCAACAGAAGGUCCACGGCAAGCGGCUGUCUAAUGGCUCCAUGGAGUCGGCCCAUGAGGCCAGUCAGGUGGUGGAGCUGCAGGACCUUCUAGAGAAACAGAACUACGAGCUGGCCCAGAUGAAGGAGCGCAUGUCCUCCCUCUCCUCCAGGGUGUCGGAGGUGGAGCAGGAGCUGGAGACAGCCCGGAAGGACCUCAUCAAAUCAGAGGAGAUGAACAACAAGUACCAGAGGGACAUCAAAGAGGCCAUGUGUCAGAAAGAGGACAUGGAAGAACGGAUCGUCACGCUGGAGAAGCGUUACCUGAGCGCUCAGAGAGAGUCCACCUCAGUGCAUGACAUCAACGACAAACUGGAGAACGAGCUGGCCAAUAAGGAGGCUUUCCUCAGACAGAUGGAGGAGAAGAACAGGCAGCUGCAGGAACGUCUCGAACUGGCUGAGCAGAAGCUCCAACAGACCAUGAGGAAGGCCGAGACGCUGCCGGAGGUGGAGGCCGAACUGGCCCAGAGGAUAGCGGCGCUCACCAAGGCGGAGGAGCGCCACGGGAGCAUCGAGGAGCGGAUGCGGCACUUGGAAUGCCAGCUGGAGGAGAAGAACCAGGAGCUGUUGAGGGCUCGACAGAGGGAAAAAAUGAACGAGGAGCAUAACAAGAGGCUCUCAGACACCGUGGACCGACUCCUCACAGAGUCCAACGAACGUCUGCAGCUCCACCUGAAGGAGAGGAUGGCUGCUCUGGAGGAGAAGAACGUCUUGAUCCAGGACUCAGAGGGCUACAGAAAACGGUACGAGGAGUCCAUACAGGAGAAGACUCACCUGGCAGAAGAGAUAGAGAAGCUGAGGUCAGAGCUGGAUCAGUUCAGACUAAGGGCGGGAUCCCUCACUGAACCAACCCUGUCCAGGUCUCAUCUGGACACAUCAGCUGAGCUACGGUUCUCUCUCGGAUCUUUGGCAGAAACCCAGUCUGACCACUACCGUUCAGCCAAGGUCAUUCGUCGACCGAGAAGAGGUCGAGUCGGCCUGAGGGAAACAAAGGCUAAAUCCCUGGGUGAACAUGAGUGGCGCUCGCAGCAGCUGGGCGUUCUGGGCGGUCACCACUUUGAGAGCGACACCGAGAUGUCGGACAUCGACGACGACGACAGGGAAACUCUGUUCAGUUCUAUGGACCUGCUGUCGCCCAGCGGUCACUCUGAUGCACAGACCCUGGCCAUGAUGCUGCAGGAGCAGCUGGACGCUAUUAACAAAGAAAUCCGCCUCAUACAGGAGGAGAAGGAGUCCACGGAGCUUCGAGCAGAGGAGAUUGAGAACCGUGUCGCCAGUGUCAGCCUGGAUGGUCUUAACCUGGCCCGAAUGCACCACCACGGGGCCUCUAUCACUGCCUCAGCCACAGCCUCCUCCUUGGCCUCCUCCUCCCCUCCUAGUGGUCACUCCACCCCUAAACUUGAUCCGAGGAGUCCUGCUAGAGACAUGGAGCGAAUGGGUGUCAUGACAUUGCCCAGUGAUCUGAGAAAACACAGGAGAAAGAUAGCAGCAGUGGAGGAGGACGGUCGUGAAGACAAGGCCACCAUUAAGUGUGAGACGUCGCCUCCUCCAACACCUCGCACAGUCAGGAUGACACACACACUGCCAGCCUCCUCGCACAACGACGCACGAGGAAUCGUGGCUUCACUGGAGGCUGAGGCUUUGAGCAGCGUCGCCAGCAGCUCAGACUCACUGCACAAACAGCCCAAGAAGAAAGGCAUCAAGUCCUCUAUAGGACGACUGUUUGGGAAGAAGGAGAAAGGUCGACUGGCUCAUCUGGCCCACAGACAGGUCAUGGUAGAUCCACAAGCGACCAUGAUGGACUCAGACCUGGCGGGUCAGGACAUGGGUGUGAGCAAACUGGGAACACAGGCUGAGAAGGACCGCAGGUUGAAAAAGAAGUAAGGAUUUUACCAAGUGCCCCCUACUGGUCUCUGACUUAAUAACAGCACAGACCUCUUAACCUGUCAGAAAUCAAACAGGUCCAACCUCUUGUAUCUACUUUUAAAUUUGCUGUCUGUGUUCAUGAAAGCCGGGCCGUACAUUACUGUAACCCACACCGGGGGUGGGAUCAAUAGAGGUUGUAGAGACUAGAUCAUUGUCCGUGGAAUAGUAGAGAUCAGCUCCACUGUAUUCAGACACACAGACAAAGUCAGAGUAUUGAUCCAGGCAGGAGAAUCCAAUUUAUCUCACAAAGCUUUUUUGUCAAUUUGGAAGCGAUAUAUGGCUUUUCUCCAGAACAAACCACACACAUAGAUUACACUCACUGCCAGGCUGGGUGUGUUCUGCGCUUCAGAAUGAAUGAAAAAAAAAAAAAAAAAUCAAACCCCAAAUGAAAAUCUGAUUUUCAGCCAGGACUGUAUUUCUUUCUGUAUGUGUGUGUGCAUUUGCCAUGACUCCAGUGCCAAAUGAUGGCUGUCAUUUUCGAAAAGUGCACAUUGACGUGAUAAAUAACGUUGCCUCCCAUGUUGUUGACCACAUCAAGCAGUUUAUUUGUUUGUUGACAAAUGUGCCAAUGAUUCUUCCUUCACUGCACUGACAGGACUUGGGCCACACCCACUACUCUGCAUCUUGGCGCCUUCACCUCCUCCUCAUCCUCCUCUUUGUCCUGCUCCUCCUCAUCAUCUAUGCUGCAUGUCACUAUUCUGCCUGCACUGUUUCCCAGUUCAGCAUCUUGAUCUGUUAAUGCUGCUGUGGUCUUACUGGGGUUGUCACUUUUUAUCAGACGUUUGAAAAUCACAACGCUACAUUCAAACAUGAGAGUAUUAAAAAAAUGGUGUUAAUCCAACAUCGCUUGAGAAACAUAAGAUUGAUCAAAUUUGCUAACUUCACCCUCACCUCCAUUAAUAAAAUAAGUUACGAUAAUACAUUAGUUUGUUGGUUUAAUGUUUGCGACAUCAAAGUCUGAUGAAUGGCAAAUGUUUGGUUCAAGACCAAAAUAGUGUUGCUUUUGAACUAUUAAUGCCUCUGUGCCUGUGGUUGCUGCUUGCUUUUGAGUACAUUUCUUACAAAAACGGUCUGGAAAAACUGCUAACUAUUUUGCUUGCAAGACUUCAACGGAAGCCAAAAAAGAAAGUCUGCCUGUGAACUAUUAA